UCUUCUGACUUGUUCUGGAUUUUCCUUGAAGAGUUCGGUUUCAUGAAAACCUUGCCCAGAAUGAGUGCGGUGUCCACGAUCGAGGACGGAUCUGGUCGUCGCGAUUGAAAUACACAUUUGUGUUUUUGUUGCGUUCCUUCCUCUGUAAUUGGACCAGAAGUCUCCCCAAUCAGCUUCUUAACAAGAGUAGACAAGUGGAUUUACGAAAAGACUGCGGACCAAACCGUUCCAAAAAUUUAAGGUUUUUUCUUUUUUAAAGAAGAAUCCGUGAUUUAGUAUUUUCUUUCAUAAUACUAAUUUUUGUACAUGUUUAUUUAUAUAUGUUUGAAUUGACUUUUAUCUUUUACUUUUUGAUUUUUUGUUUUUCUUAAGUCUUGCGGAUCGAGUUUGUUAAUUGUUGGUUUUUUUCCAGUUUCCUAGAUUGACAUAUAAAUGCGUCACAAUCUUUUGAAAAAAAUCGAAUAGUGUCUUUUAAUAUUGGCAAGAUUGAAAGGGGUACAUUCUUUGCUUAGGAAAUGCAUAUGACCUAGCCGUCAAAUAAUCUCUCCACGUAUACAACCUUUUAUUUUUCUCAAAAAGUCUUCCUAGAAUUUCAUAAGUGGAAAAAAGUAUUUGGCAAAAAGCAAUGUUAUGUAAGCGUUUCAUAGCGUUGACUUAUAAAUGAUAUGGAUCAUUGAGAGUUUGAAUAUAAUACGGUCAUCUAAAUACUUGCCUUUUGUUUUAUUGUUAUUCUGUAACUUAAUUUAUAUAUUGGUAAUCUCACUCCUGAUAUAUCCAUGCCAUAUGUUCUUGGUUGAAACCUUCGGUCAGCCAAGGGCAAAGACCUCUCUUGUUCACACACGAGGGAGAGAGCUACUAAGGCUAAAGUUAAAAUGGAGAGCUCAGAGGCAGGAACAUCAUCAGGAAGCGAGUAUCAAGUGUUCCUAAGCUUCAGAGGGCCCAACACUCGUAGUGAUUUUACCGAUUGCCUCUACCAUAGCUUGACCGAUGUCGACAUCUGCGUCUUUCGAGACGAUGAAGAGCUCCGUGUUGGUGAAAGAAUUGAUGGAGCUCUCCAGAGAGCAAUCAACAACUCUAUGAUCUACAUCCCCGUCUUCUCUCCAACCUAUGCUUCAAGUAAAUGGUGUCUCCGCGAGCUCACGCAGAUUAUGGGGAGCACCUCCAAGACAAACGAGAAUAAAGAGAUCCUACCUAUUUUCUUCAAUGUGGAACCUAAAGAUCUUAAGAUGGAAGACGGGUUGUAUCGCAAAGCCAUUCUCAUUUUGCAGGACAAGAAUAACUUGAGCAUCGAAGAAGUAAAUUCCUGAGAAAGGCUUUGACGGAGGUUGAUGAAAUAAAGGGAUGUAAAAUCAAGAUAGGCGAUAGCCAAGGUGAACUAAUCAAGUUGGUCACUGUGGAGGUUUUGAAGAGGCUGAAGAUAAACGAAAAGCCCGUGACUGAAUGUUUAAUUGGAAUUGAUGAUCAAGUGGUAGCAGUAAAAAAACUGCUAGACAUAGACUCUGGAGGUGUGCGUCUCAUUCAAAUUCAUGGCAUGGGGGUAUCGGUAAAACGACUCUCGCCAAGGUCGUGUUCAAUCAACUUCAUACCCACUUUGGAAAGUGUUGCUGCUUUCUUGAAGAUGUUCGAGAAAAGUCAUCAAGAACUGAUGGCUUGGUUGAAUUGCAAAAGAAGUUAUUAUCUGAAAUAGGAAAUGCUGCAGGAACAGAAAGUGUCGAUGAAAUUAACUAUGGAAUGACUAGGAUUGAAGGAACACUUCGCAAGAAGAAGGUCUUCAUUGUACUGGAUGAUGUUGAUAGACGCGAACAAGUGGAGAAACUAGUUGGAAAAUGUGCUUUGUGUUCAGGGUCUAGAGUACUGAUUACUACUAGAAACAUUGAUGUUUUGCCAAUCCCUGAACAAAAAUAUGAAAUGGAGUUGAUGAAUAGUAAUCAUGCGCUUGAGCUCUUCAGCAAACAUGCAUUUAACAAGGACUCUCCUUUAGAUGAUCGCUAUGAUAUUGCAAACGAAAUUGUAAAUGCCACCGGAAGACUUCCUUUGACUAUUGAAGUAAUUGGUUCAUUUCUGUACAAUAAAACACAAGAACUAUGGAACAAAACAUUGGAGAAGUUAGGGAAAGCACCUUGGGAGGGUGUGUUCAAAAAGUUGAGGAUUAGCUAUGAUGCAUUGACUUUAUAUCAACAACAAAUUUUUCUAGAUAUUGCAUGCUUUUUCAUUGGUAAGGAAAAGGCAAAUGCAAUUCAUAUGUGGGAAGAUUUUGACUUCUCCCCAAGUAGGGAAAUUGAGGUCCUUAGAAGCAUGUCCUUGAUAAAGAUUGUAAAGGACAAUGAAUUUUGGAUGCACGAUCAACUCAGAGAUCUUGGAAGGGAAAUUGUUAGUCAAGAAAAUCUGAUGAAUCUUGAAGAGCGUAGUAGGUUAUGGAGUAAGGAGGAAGUCCUCGAUGCAAUAAGGACAAAGAAGGUGGAACACUUCAUGAGAGAACUCAUAAAUUCUCUUUUUCUUCUUGCUUUUAAUACUUUUCCUUGAUAAAAUAGAAUGCUGAACACUACUUGUUUUGCUCUCAUUUGCAAAUGAAGAAGGUUCAAGCAAUGAAACUAGAAUUGUUUCCUACGGAAGUAUCUAUCAAAAGUGAAGAGAUUAGAAGGUUUGAAAAUCUGAGGUUCCUUAGACUUGAUGGGGGAACGUUUGUUGGCAACCUAAUGGAUUGUUUUCCCAAUUUAAGAUGGAUUUAUUGGAAUGCUUCUGGUUUAAAGUGUAAGCUAACUAAUAUGUGCUUGAAGAAUGUGGUUGUCAUUGAAUUUUAUUUCAUUGACGGUAUA